CACCCCUUUUUUUCAGGUUGGUAGAGCCUGCUGAAACACAGUUAAGCACAGACGGUAGGCAGUCAAACAGAGAGGAGCGUGAGGACGUACAUAGCACUUUAAGUAAAUACUUCACGUUAUGCACGCAUAACUGACGUCAGUAGAAGAGAUCUCCUAUUGGAACAAACCGUCACAGCUGGACAAACACUUGAGUUUAUUCUCUUAACCAUCAUCCCAGUUCUCCCUUCAAUGCCUAACACUGUGGAAAGUGAAGGCGCCAAGGUAUCUGCUAGUACUGAUCAGGAGGCCCCAUCACGGGCCCCGAGCAGAGAGGAUGAGCGCAGCUUCCUGAGCACUUUGACACGUGACGCGCUGAGGGCUCGACGGGCAUCUAGCGCAGAGCUCCAGCUUCCAUGGACCUGCCCUGUAACACAUUCCCGGGAGAAGUUUUACACCGUCUGCUCGGACUACGCGCUGCUCAAUCAAGCUCGACCCAUCGCCACAUCUGAAGAUGUGCCGACUGCCAAUGCAGACUGCGGGACAACGUUAGUCAAGCCCAAUACUGCUUCCUCCUCCCAGGGUCACUCUGGGGGAUUAAGCUUGUCGUUAGAUGGGAACUGUGAUAUGGAAGUGACAUCCAGCAACAAGCCUGUGCUGGCAUGGGAGAUUGACACCUCGGAUUUUGAUGCGGUUCUAACCCGAAAAUCCAAAACAAGUAAUUUAAAGAAAUCAAACUCUAAGAAAAUGAAAUCAUCAGACAGGCAAAGCAGAAACCUUCAAGAUCUGCCACCACAAGCUUCUCUGGAGGACAUCAAACAGAGAAAAGUCUUGGACCUCCGUAGAUGGUACUGCAUCAGUCGUCCCCAGUAUAAAACAUCAUGUGGAAUCUCUUCACUGGUCUCCUGCUGGAACUUUCUCUACAGUACUUUAGGAGCAGGCAGUCUUCCACCUAUUUCUCAAGAAGAGGCCUUGCAUAUACUUGGUUUCCAGCCUCCAUUUGAAGACAUCAAAUUCGGACCAUUCACAGGCAAUGCCACUUUAAUGCGAUGGUUCAGACAAAUCAACGAUAAUUUCCGUGUCCGAGGAUGCUCGUAUAUUCUGUACAAACCUCAUGGGAAGCACAAGACAGCAGGAGAGACAGCCGACGGGGCUCUGAUGAAGCUGACCCAGGGCCUCAGAGAUGAAUCCAUGGCCUACAUUUACCACUGUCAAAAUCACUACUUCUGUCCUGUGGGCUAUGAAGCUACACCACUAAAAGCAACCAAAGCAUACAGGGGAGCACUUGCUCUCAAUGAGAUGGAACACUGGAUUCUGAUUGGUGAACCAAGCAGGAAACAUCCUGCAAUCCACUGUAAAAAGUGGGCAGAUAUUGUGACGGAUCUGAACACUCAAAACCCAGAAUACUUAGACAUUCGCCAUAUAGAGAGAGGCAUUCAGUAUCGUAGAACCAAGAAGGUAGGGGGCAAUCUGCAUUGCCUCAUGGCAUUCCAGAGAGUUAACUGGCAAAAGUUGGGACCGUGGGCGCUGAAUCUGGAAAAUUUGAGACAUGAUCUCCACCAUCAGGAUCAAGAGCACAGAAGCCAAGCACCAACAGAUGACGCUUUUGAGGAAAGAGCAGUAAAACGUCUGGGCAGGUCCCUUAGCACAGGAAACCAGAAGUUAGACAGUGGUUGGAAGCGUUUGUCCAACACGGCAGAGUAUAGGCACAGAGGGUCUCCAGAUAGUGACCAAGAUGAAGACAUAACUGAUUAAAUCAAAAGGGUCCAGCCCUGUACCCGAGGAGCUUAUUUAAAUUUACCUUUCCGGGCUGUUAGCAAAAGUGAAAGGUAAUAAUUACAGUAGAUAUGUAAUAUUAGCAAUGCAGGCAAAAUGGUGUUGGGGGAGUGUAAGGAAUGGGUUGUAUCAUCCCUUAAUCAAAGCUCUUACCGUAACUCAAGGUUGCUUCAAAAGAAUUGUUUUAACAAUCAGUUAAUGUUAGGCCUUAAUGUGAACAGAUUCCAGGUCUGGUCAUGUGAUAAGUUAAGAUUUAUUCUUUUGUAUUUAGUUCAAAGUACUGCCCAAUAGCUUUCAAGAAAGAGGUUAUGUCACCUCUGAUAGGUCAAAAUGCUGCUUUGUUAAAAAUAUUGUAAAUAAAUGGAUCAUAUAGUGCAAAACUUAACUGCACUGUUAAUACCAAUGAUAUAGUGAAUAUUUGAUUUUUAGGUAUAUAGCAUUAUUCAAUUUCAAUUAAUAGAUAACUGGAGUACAGUAUGUACUAUGUUACUAAUGAAAAAUCUGUCAAAUGUGCAUACAGAAUGAUCUUAAAGGGAUAGUUCACCCAAAAACCAAACCGAUCGUGAGCCCCAUUCAAUUCCAUAGUAUUCUUUUUUCCUACAGUACUAUGGAAGUCAAUGGGGCUUAUGAUCGGUUAUUCCUCAAAAUAUCUACUUUGUGGUCACACAGUCCAGUAAGAUAAAGCCAUCUGUAAAUAGUACCGUGAAGGAUUAAAGUGGUGUUUUUGUGAAAUGCUGUAAGCUAAAUCUGCAUGAUCGUCUUCAUGUUAUAUGCAUUGCAAAUUGUGUUCUUUGUUUAACACAACAACAUCUAAUGUAUCAAUUUUCAAUGUGUAGUCAUCACAAAUUUCUUGUGAAUUAUUGUGUUGAUAGUUUUAUUUAUAAAUAAAAUAUUUAUACACCUU